AUGCACUCCCUCUACAAUGACCAGCUAGCACAAGAAGAUGACAACGAGAUACCCAUUCUGCCUUUCUUCUCCAGUGUCAGCAGUGCCCUUUACAGACAGCGCCGCAACACCAUGCCUGCUCUCCCCAGGAAUCUCUCAGAUGUUAAUCUCCUAGGUUCCUGGACUGAGACCAUUGAUGGACGGCCCUUCCUCCUCCUUAGUGAUGGCGUGCACAACAAGAUCCUAGCCUUCUCUACCCUGGAACAACUACAAGCCUUGCAGACUGCGGACACGGUGUACAUGGAUGGCACCUUCACCUCCUGCCCAGACCUGUGGGAUCAAGUAUAUAUCCUUCAUGCUCGAGCUGGUUCUACAUCCUAUCCACUUGUGUUCACCCUGUUGCCUGAUCGUCAAGCCGCCACCUAUGCCAGACUGUUCCGACUCUUGAAGACUGAAGUGCAGCAGAGACUGAACAGACCACUUGCUCCAACCAGAAUUCAGACAGACUUCGAGCUGGCCGCAAUCCGUGCAGUAGAAGAAGAGUUUCCCCUGACCAUCAUCAAAGGAUGCUACUUCCACUACUGCCAAGCCCUGUGGAGAAAAGUGCAACACCUAGGACUGGCAGUGCCAUACAAAGAAGACCCUCGGGUCCAACAGUUCAUCAGGAGAGCGGCUAGCCUGGCUCUACUUCCCCCAAACCGAGUGCAAGGUGUAUGGCUGGAUGUAAUGAACUCCUCCCCUGAUGGUCGUCGCAUUGAAGAUUUCAAAGACUUCAUGGUUAUCAACUGGGUGGAUGAUGAUGCAAGGUUUCCGCUGCCCCUGUGGAAUCACCAUGAAACUGAAGGGCCACGCACCAACAACAGUCUGGAAGGUUUUCACUGCCGGUUGAACCAGUCCCUGCCUCAUCGCCAUCCCAAUAUCUUCCGGUUUAUAGAGGUCAUCAGAAGUAUUGAACAUGCUGAAAGAAGCAAACUCGUCCAGGUCAACUUUGAAGCAGCACCACCCAGCCGCAAGCGAGUGUAUCGCGAGAUCGACAACCGGAUCAUCAGAUUGAACGACCAUCUACGCCUUGGUCAGAAGACUCCAGUUCAGUUUUUAGAUGCUGUGGACCACCUCCUGAAACUUGCCUAA